CGAAAAUGGUCACAUGAUAAACCGUUCACCGGAGGUUUACCGGUAGCUGUAAAAGGUUAGCUGUGCACUCGAUUAGCAUGACCUGGUGUUACACACACCUUUGUACUGUAGGCGGCGGUGUGCACCUAAAAGCUGUUUGCGUUCCGCCAUUAACCAAGAGAAGAAGAUGAUGGCUAACAAGCAGCUUGCGCUCCAAGUUGUCUGUGCGCUGAUUUGCAGCGAAAAACAAAAGCAGAAAAAGAAAAAGAAGCGAUUAUGGAAGAGACAUUAUGUGGAGAGACGAGGCCGACCAGCACCGGCUGCUCCGACGCGCGAGCUGGAGGAGGAGACGAUGACACCGAAUGCUGGCUUGAAAGAUCUGCCGUGGAUGACAUCAGAGGAGUUUGAGUUCCUGCUCAGCGUGGUCGGACCCCUCAUAACCAAACAGCAUACGAAGAUGAGACGGGCGAUAACCGCUAAAGAUCGCCUGUAUGUCACCUUGCUGUUUUUGGCAACAGGUGAAACGUUCAGUUCACUCAGUGCACAGUACAAGAUUGGGGCCAGCACUACUUCGCAGAUAGUUAUGGAGACCUGCGCCGCCCUGUACCAAGUCAUGAAAAAAGACUAUCUGAAGACGCCAUCGACAGAGGCAGAAUGGAGGACAAUAGCUCAUGACUUUGAAUCGAAAUGGCAAUUUCCACACUGCUUAGGUGCCCUUGGUGGAAAACGCAUCUAUAUACAACCUCCAGCAAAAACAGGCACCUUCGAUAACUAUAAGGGCAGAUGCUUUGUGACUGCAACGGCUGCCGUGGAUGCAAAUUACAAGUUUAUCUAUAUCAGUGUGGAUACGCAUGUGACGGCGUCUGAUGCUGGACCCUUCGCUCAGUCGGGCUUGUGCAAAUGGAUGGAUUCAGGUCUGCUGAACUGUCCUCCUCCUGAACCGUUGGCCAACAGUGAGCUGAAGAUACCGUACAUGUUUGUGGGCGAUGAGACUUAUCCUUUGAGGCCUGACUUGAUGACGCCGUAUCCAAGCAAGCCGACCGACCGCAGUCAGCAGAUUCUGAACUACCGUCUUUCGAGGGCGCAGCGAGCGGCGGAUAAUGCUUUUGGCAUUCUGGCGAACAGAUUCAGGUUUUUGAGGAACACAAUAUAUUUGGAGCCAGAAAAGGUGCUGAAGAUACUCACGGCUUCGCUGUGCAUCCAUAACUUCCUCCUGGAGCGCAGGUCUGAAGGAUAUGCACCUCCAGGCCUUGCAGACUGGGAGAAUGAGGAACACAGCUUGGUUGAAGGAACUUGGCGGGAUAAAGGGACUGGAUCUUUACGGCCUGCGGAGCAAAAGAGGGAAUGCAGUGCAUCAGCUACAGCAGAAAUGCAACAAAGCUUGCUGUGUGACUAUUUCGUCUCGCCUGCUGGUUAUGUUCCUUGGCAGGAGCAACACGUCAGCAACGAGGGGGAACUUCUGCUCGUCACAUUGUAGUUUUUAUUUAUUUAUUUUAUAUUUUAGGUAUUAUUUUUGAUCUAAUUUAUUUUUUAUAGCACUUUUUUUUUCAUUUUAUAUAACACUCAAACUACUUUAACAGAUUUGAGGAGCAUCUCCACCACCAGUGUCCAGCAUUUAGAUGACGCAACAGCAGCCAAUUUGUGCCAGACUGCAAAUCAGCUUAUUGGUGAAGAUGACCGACUGAUGACGCAAUUAUGAUAUGAGGAUGGUUGGAAAGCCAUGAUGGACAAAUGCCAGUUUGGCCAGGAUACCGGGGACACCCCUACUCUUUUCAAAGGACGUCCUGGAGCAGUACAAUGAUCACAAAGAGUCAGGACUUCAGUUAACCAUCUCAUCUAUAGGAUGUUGCGCAAUACAGUGGCCCCUGGUUAUUCGCAGGAGUAACCGUGAAGUAUUCCGCUUUAUUUUUUACAAUUAUUAUAGAUGUUUUAAGACUGUAAAACCCCUCACUACACACUUUAUACACUUUUCUCAGACAGGCAUUGCCUUUUCACACAUUUCUCUCUUGUUUUAAUACUCUUAAAGUUCAUACCUUUGUAGAAAAACACGUGCAAUAUCCGCUUGUUAAGUGGUGACGUGUUUGUGACGUAUGUAAUACUGUUUCCGGGUCCAAGCCGCCAUUCAUUUGAGUGGAGAAAUCAUUCGUUUAUGAUCGCGUUUUAUU